ACAAACAUGGCGUCCUCCUCUGAUGUACAUGUCCGAAUAUGUGGCCAAGAGAUUAUCAAAUAUGAUCUGGAAAUCAAAGCACUUAUUCAGGACAUAAGAGAGUGCUGUGGGCCACAGGCAGUGCUUAUGGAUCUGAACUCCACAGUGAAGGAAAAGUUCAAUCAGUUAAGACAGAGGAUUCAGGACAUGGAACAGAUGGCAAAAGAACAAGACAGGGAGACUGAUAAGCAAGCUAUCUUGAGUGAAACAGAAGGCCAUCGGAAGCAGAUGUUAAGCAACCAGAUGGCGUGGAGGAAGGCAAAUCUGGCCUGCAAGCUGGCCAUUGACAACCUGGAGAAGGACGAACUGCUUCAAGGUGGUGAUUCAGUUAGACAAAGGAAGGCCACUAAAGAGAGUUUGGUGCAGACAUCCAGUGACAUCACAGAGAGUCUGAUGAGCGUCAGCCGUAUGAUGUCACAGCAGGUGCAGCAGAGCGAGGAGACCAUCGGAACUCUGGCUUCAUCCUCAAGGACUGUGCAAGAGACAAAUGAAGAGUUUAAGGCCAUGACGGGAACCAUUCACUUGGGGCGAAAACUUAUCCUGAAAUAUAAUCGGCGUGAACUGACCGACAAACUGCUGAUCUUUUUAGCUCUUGCUCUGUUUCUGGCUACAGUGCUCUACAUCCUGAAAAAGAGACUCUUCCCCUUCAUUUAGUGGAAAAGGGAACUGUGUCAACUUAACACUGCUCUCCAGAAAUCAUUCUGUGAAUGUUACAACCCAAAUGAGACCCACAGUUCUUAAACCAGUAGUUCUUUCAAAAGGAGAAUUUUGUCACCGUUUCCCCACCAUAAAGUGUGAGCAAGUGAUGACAAGCUUCAAAAUUCUCUGGGGACACAAUAAGGGAGGAUACUGAAGUGCUGUUAAAAAUCUCAAUUAUCAGGAUCACUAAACAGAAAAUCAGGAAGGAAUGAAAUUUUCCUACAUUAGUCUUACUGAUUGCUUUGGCAUAUUCAGUAGUAUAUUUUCUUAACAACGUAGUUGUUUGUACAAUAAUAAAAUGUUUUGAUCUCAGGUUAGUUCUGUAAUAUUCCAGUAACCUGAUGGACAUUGCAUAAACUUCAAAACAACCUUAAAGAUGUUUAUGCCUUAUGAACAAUUGCAAUUAAUUAUAAUCUGCAUAACUGAAGGUUAUGCUUUAUAUGCACUACAGAUGCACUAAACCUUUUUUUAUUUUUUAUAAAGAAGUCUCUUAUG